GCUAAAGGCACGAUAAAAUUUAUGGGUCAUAGGAAUGAUACAGAAAAUAUGUGCUUUUCUCGGUCACCUGAAAUCAGUGAUUUUGAAUUUAUAAAACCCGUUAGCAGAGGAGCUUACGGUUUUGUCUAUCUUUCUCGUCGAAAAAGAGAUGGAAGGUUGUACGCUGUGAAAAAAUUAAAGAAGAAAGAAAUGAUUGAAAAAAAUAUGGUUGAACAAGUAGUUAAGGAAAGAAACGCCUUGGCUAUAUCGAAAUGUUCAUUUAUAUCUCGAAUAUAUUACUCGUUUCAGUCAGACGACUUUGUUUAUUUGAUAAUGGAUUAUUACAUUGGCGGUGAUGUAGGGGCGCUUUUGAAGAAAGUGGGCUGUUUUGGAGUGGAGGAGGCUCGCCUCUAUGCAGCGGAAAUUAUUCUCUCGUUAGAGUAUUUGCAUUCCCACGAUAUCAUACACAGAGAUUUAAAGCCAGAGAAUAUUUUAAUUGACGAGCGUGGCCAUCUGAAGCUUACUGACUUUGGUCUUUCUCGUGUUUCUUCUCUCCUUAGCAAAGAUCUUACGGCUUCUGAUUUGCUCCACACGCCCAAGAAAAAUUCUAACUCUUUUUUGCCACCACGAACCCCUGGACAAGUUUUGUCGUUAACCAGCAGUUUAUUUUUUCACAGUUGCAGCGGCUCUGUUACUGAGGUUGCCGAAGACGACCGGCCUCGUUUGGUGAGGGGUACUCCAGAUUAUCUUGCGCCAGAACUUCUUCGUGGGGAAGUACACGACGAGGCUGUAGACUGGUGGGCGCUUGGAAUUUGCAUCUACGAAUUUUUAACCGGCUGCCCGCCCUUCAACGACGAAACAGUCGAGGCCGUAUUUAGCAACAUUAUCCGAUGCGAGCUUGCCUGUCUGGAACUUGAAAUCCGCGAUAUUAAUGCUCAGCGCUUACUUUAUCAGCUGCUAGAGAAGGACCCCUUGGCGCGCUUGUCUUCUCCUGCAAUUCGGGCCCAUCCCUUCUUUGCUACGGUAAACUUUGAGACCAUUUUGUUGCAGGAUAUGCCUUUUAUACCAGGCCCGCAAGACCGCUCCGAUACCAGCGACUUUUGCGUUUAAGGUUGUGUAUAAAGUAAACUGAAAUGUUUGGUGGAGAGUCUGAAGGAAGCUUUUUUUAAGGGAUU